AAGAGGUGACGGAGAAUCUAAGUAAGAACUUGGAACUUUCAUGGUUUCUAGAAAUAUAAAAGUCAAUAAUCCCAUAGAGCCCGAGGGACAUUCUAGUCAUUAUAAAAAAAGAAGAACAAAAUUUCCAUCUGCGCUCAAAAACCCCUUCUUGCUUCUUCUCUUGUGAAAUCAGCCAAUUUCUGUUUCAAUUUGAUUCACCAGACCCCUCACAACACAAAGAUCACAAGAUUUGAUCGAUCCCCACUCACAAACAAAACAGAGAGAGAUGUCGAAGGUGGACGAGCCGGUGAUGGGCGUUCCGUUCUACGUUGUACAGAAUCCUUACCAAGCAGGCGCGAUCCCCCCAAACGCCGUCUAUGGCGACCCGAAGGGUAUCCCUAUCCACCAAACCAUUUACAGAGACACUCCCGCUCCCUUCAACUGCGUUCACUGUGGUAAUUCCGGACUUACCCACGUCAGAUCAAAGCCAAGCCUGGCAGCUGUUGUGGCUUGCAUGAUGCCUAUGUUUCUUGGAUGCUGCUUUCUUUUGCCUUCAUGCGACUGUCUCUGGCAUAAAUAUCAUCAUUGCCCAAGUUGCCAAGAGAAGGUUGGUGAUUUUGAGAAGUCAGAUCCUUGUAUUGUUGCGGAUCCUCCACACUGGACAGAACACAGCUUUGCACUGCCUGCAUGAUCUGUAGUUUCACUUUGUGUAUGCGACUUCUUCUCUACUUCUGUCAUUGAACCCCAUAUUUACAUAUUUUGUGAUCAUGUAUUCUUAAGACGCUGUAUAAAUCUACUACUUCCCCCUUGGCAUCUAUAUGGAGUUUGGAAAAAUGGUGGCUUGGCUGCGUAAUAAUACAGAUUGAUAGUAAUUUUGU